GACGAGGAGGAAGUCAGACUCUGCAAGCAAGGGCUGUGGUGGGGCUAUUUAAUUAAUGUAUUGAUUAGCUAUCCCGUUGAUGAAAAUUAUUGAAGUCGUGUGUAUGCACGCUCUUCUGUUGGUGCACUAGUGAGAUGCCAUUUUAAAAUCAUUUCAAAAUAAUUACAAGCGGCUCGAGUGGCGACUGUGUGGGAGUACAUUUGCAUUGGUUGGCAUGAUCUCUUCAUAUCAGUGCUUGGACAAUAAGAUGGGUAUGUAAUGGCAAAGGACCUGGUUGCAUCACUGACGUUAGUUAAAUAGCGAUUGUGCGACGAAUUUAAGGAUAUUUCUACGUGCAAGUAACCAAAACAGAGUGUACCCCCGGCUUGAUGCUUUUCAGGAACAUGGUGCUGAUCAGUCGUUUGACUAAGUAACGUAGACAUUUGAUCAGAAUAACUGGGAAUUUUAGAUAUGGAUAAAGUGAACACAUUACCAAUGACUAGAAGAUAGUGUCUUUCAAACAAAUAUGGUUGAUAAUUGCAUGCUAGUGAUGAUUGCAAGGCUGUUCCGUCGCCAUUACCACCAGGGUGCCUGUUCGCCCUCUACACUGACGUGUUCAAAACAUACGCUCUAGCUUGUCUAGUGGUUGCUGCGGCAGGGCAGGUGGGACAAAUUACUUGGGUCUACACUACAUUGUUUUGGUCUGGUUAGGGCAGUCAAUCUGUCUCCGGGGUACAAACAUGGCACGGCACAGUGGCAGGUACAAAGCACUGCAAACAAGCAGCAGUGGCUCUUCCUCGGUCUGUGACCAAGUCCGCGUGCCUCGGAUGCGGGUGUUGGUGGCCUGCCUCUGCGGUGCCUUUGCGCUGGCGAUGAUCCUGGGGAUUUACCUUUCAAGUCAGCCCAGCAACCACAACUUUGUGGCGGCAGAUCUCACCAAAGACAAGCUCAACCAUAAGCCCACCAAGUUAUCCCUGGCCCAGGUGCGCAAGCUAGUGGGCCAGGUGGAGAUCUCUCGCCUGUGGGGCAAAUACCUGAAGCCAUUCCUAAUAGAGAGGCUACCGGGGACCCCCGGCAGCCAGACCGUCAGGCAGCACAUCAAGGCCCAGCUGGCGUCACUCAUGACGGGCUGGACGGUGGAGGAGGACUCUUUCAAGUCCCCGACUCCAAAGGGCCUGGUGACCUUUACCAACGUGCUGGCCGUGCUCGACCCCUCUGCCCCUCGUCGCCUUCUCCUGGCGUGCCACUACGACUCCAAGUUCUUCGCCCCGGACCCCAAGCAGCCCAAGAAGGUGUUCCUCGGAGCCAGCGACUCUGCGGUUCCCUGCUCCAUGAUCCUGGAGCUGGUCACGGUUCUAGACAGCCAGCUGAGUGCACUCAAAAAACAGCGAUCGGCUGUGACACUAGAGCUGGUGUUCUUCGACGGAGAGGAGGCGUUCGAGGAGUGGACAGACACCGACUCCAUCUACGGCUCUCGCCACCUGGCGGAACGCAUGGCCCGCACGCCAUAUCCCUCUCCUGCCUCACAGACCAAUCAGCUGCAAGCAGUGGAUCUGUUUGUGCUGCUGGACCUGCUGGGUGGGCCUGACCCACUGAUCGUCAACCACUUUGACAACACGGCCCACUGGUUUGAUCGGCUCAUAGCUGCAGAGAAGAGAUUGCAUCGGCAGGGCCUUCUGACGUCUCAUCCGUCUGAGCAAAGCUACUUCAGGAAGGAUGUGUAUCUGGGGCCGGUGCAAGACGACCACAUCCCAUUUUUGCAUAGAGGCGUUCCCGUUCUGCACGUCAUCCCCACCCCCUUCCCGCCGUUCUGGCACAAGCUGGAGGAUGACGAGGAGAGGCUGCACCGGCCCACUGUGGAGAACCUCACCAAGGUCAUGGCCAUCUUCCUGGCAGAGUACCUGGGACUCUUUUGAACUGAGGACCAGACAGGACCAGACAGGACCAUCCACACGCCAGACUCAGGAACUCAGAAAUGUGGUGUGUGUGUGUGUGUGCGUGUGUGUGCGUGUGUGUGCGUGUGUGUGUGUGUGUAUGUGUGUGUGUGCGUGCAUGCGUGCGCGCAGGGCCACUGACCGCUUUGGCUGGGCCCGGGACAAAGACAUCAAAGGACCAUAAUGAUGGUCCAAUUCUGGCCCCCCUCUCUUCCUGGGCCCAGGACAAGUUACUCCUUUUGUCUCCCCCUGUCGGAUUCGGUGUGUGCGUGUGCGUGUGCGUAAGCGUGUGUCUGUCUGUCUGUGUGUCUGUGCAUUGCGAGCCAUGGGAACUGUGCUGACGUCUCCUGGAGAAUAUGGCGUACAGUAUGUCCAGGACUGGGUAAUUAAACUUCAACUUUUUUUCGCACACCUCAGCUGGCAGGUGCGUCGGAGAUGGCCCAUGGGUUACUCACCAACAACUUAAAGAAACUCCCGCACACUGACCAU